UCGAGAGACCAAAUUUCUCCUAUUGUGACUGACAUGUUGGCUGUAACAAUGUCGAGUGCUUCACAUAGCUUGACAUAUAAUUCUACAGCGUACGAUAACUUACCAGGGAGUACUUCGGAUAGUUUACCUCAGAGUUGUUUCGUAUUACAACGAAAUAUGUGUAUUUAAUAUAGAAUGACAAUGUGUAAUGGAAUUUCCAAAGGUUAUAGAUUAAUAUUUACAGUUUUAUUAUAUUUUGCGUGCAUUAUAGUGUAAUGAUCUAAUCAUAUUUUAAUCAUCUCUCUAAGCAUAAGCACAAAUGCAUUCUACCAUCAACACUACUUGUAUAAUGUUUUAGUAUAUUCCACUUGUACUGACAUUGUAUAAAUUUACAAGUUCGUACAUCGCACAUAUCCAGUGAUGGCACCAGGUGGGAGACAUCGUUCGGGCACUGGAUCUACCCCUUCCACCCGUGAUGCAGCGGAGACAGCAUCGCCGUCACAUGUUGCAUCACAGGCAUCUGAUCCCUCAAUCGUUCAUACACCGAGCACUGCAUCAUCGUCGACCAGCCGACGAGGACGUGGACCCACGCGUGGGUUAGUUUUACAGAGACUUACGCGUGAGGGUAGGGUGACAGUAGAGUUCCCACAGGACUACCUUAGACCUGUUGGGGACAAUACUAGGUUGUUUACAUCGGAGGUCGGUGUCUUAUGUCGAUCUCUGAUCCCUACCACCACCCUCCGUUGGGUAGACGUGACAGAUGAUGUGCGGCAGCACAUCCAUAAAUUUGUCUUGGAUUUGAGUGCUUUGUACAUUUCCCAUGCCGUCGACGACAUGAUCAAGGAGCGGUUUAAGGAGUAUCGCAGUGAUUUACACUAG